ACUUUUUUAUACUUUAUUUUACAUCACCCACAAUUUCACCUUUUUCUAUUGAUAUUUAUAUUUACAUUCGUACAUUUCCGUACACUCGAUUUGUUUAACGCCAUACACCUUUUUUAGCACACAUAAAACAAAUAUAAACAUAAAUACAAUAUAAAUAAAAUAUGCGGUUAUAACUGCAGGCGAUGCUGGCCACGACAAAAGUUCUUAUAGUGAGACAUCCAUUCGAAAGAUUGUUGAGCGCUUAUCGUGAUAAACUUGAGAACUCUGUAGCCCGAAGGGACCACGGUACUCUUUAUUUUUAUCGCAAAUAUGGGCGCACUAUUGUCGACAAAUAUCGAGACAAAGCUUUCACUCCGCCACCAAAGGAUCAAUUUAUUUCAAACGAUAACGAGCCAAAACCUGCGGGCAUUGAACCAACGUGGAAAGAAUUCGUAAAUUAUUUAAUAGAUACCGAUCUAGAAAUCUAUUCCGACGACCAUUGGAUCCCGUACUACCUGUACUGCACUCCCUGUUCGCUCAACUACACCUUUAUCUUAAAAGUGGAGACUUUAGACGCAGAUCAGUCAUUAAUAAUAGAAAAAUUGAAUCUAAAAAAUAAAAUCCAUCCGAUUCAUCGUCAUAAAGGAUCCCAAGAUAAAUUAAACCCAUCUAAAAUUUAUUUCCGUCAGUUGACACAACAACAAAUAUCCGAACUUUACAAUAAGUACAAACUUGACUUUGAAAUGUUUGAUUACUCCGCUGAGAUUUAUUAUUCAUACGCUUCAGACUUUUUCCAAUAUACCGACUACUAGUCUCAGCGUUCUUACGAUAGUAAAACAUCCAAAAGUAACACCCAUGAUCACAACAACAUUUUUUUAGAGCGACUGUUUCGAGUUAUCAUAGAUAAAAGAAGAAUAUGAGACUAUCAAAGUUGUUGGGGAAUUUUAUAGAUUAUUUGGAUGACUAAGCGCUUGGUUACUGAAGAAGAAAUUAUUUUUAAAGAAGAAAUACUUUUAAAAGGAGAAAUAAUUUUUUUAAAAAA